UGCGCCGGGUUCCCUGAAAACACCGACGCUUUCCGACGCUUUCCUGUAUUCGUACCGACGCUUUCCUGGCCAGUCUGCAGAAAAAGUUCUGGAUAAAUUGCGUUUCUACUAAUUUUACGAUUUUUUGCACUCAGGGGCUCAAACUCAAUGCGGAUGGCAACCGAAAGCUUCUGUGAAGUGAAGUAAAGUCAAAUAGCUUACUAAAGAGGGCAAUGAUAAGCCGUAUGUGGGGCAGUAGGAUACGAUACUUUAACGCAUGGCUGCCAAAUAUCAAACCACCAAAUUUGAUCUCCGAAUCAAAUUUGAAAUUCACCGUGGGGGAAAUUCACCAAAUUUGAUCUCCCAACUUUCCAGAACUGCAACCUUUUGUCUAUUUGGUGUUUGGCAAAGUUGAAAGAAGUGUUAAUAGAUCGUCCAGCAACAUCAAGGCAGAAUUAGUGUUAAAAAUUAAAUCAUUGGUUUUGUGGCCCUUCCCAGGCACUCGGUUGUAAGGGCUUGCUCCAAGUUCCGGAGUCAGCUAGGGGCUGUAAUCGAUGCCGAGGGCAGAUGCUUCGAUUAAUUUCCAUAAAUAGCAUAGUAAACUACUCUUUUUACAAAAAAAAAACAUCUGAAACAUAAAUUUCAACCAAACACUUUAUUUUAUCUGUACAUUUAACUGUGAAAUUUUUUGCAAACCCCUGUAGAUGGAAUCCUACGCGGAAAUGCCGGUCUAGACAGGCUUUCGAGGCUUAAUUCAUUACCGCGCUGCCGGUUAGUCAGUCCUUGCUAUGGGACGACGGUCCAUUCUAGACUUUAAUCCAUGAUGGGCAUGUUAUUGAUUCGUUCGAGUUGACGAGUGUACCACGGGACCGCCCCGGUCCAGCACUGUACUGCUGUAGAUGGUACUACUACUGUGGAUCUAGCAUCUACUACUGUAGAUGGAAUAGCAGUAAUAGAUAGCAGUAUGUAUUUGUAACACAAUCUAAUCGGUUGCUGUGCCUGCAAAACCUCCAGCACAAGGUGCUACAAUGUGUUUGUGAUAGGUGAUAGCAAAUUUGUUCCAUACACGGUAAAUAUUGUACUUUUGAUGAUUAAAUUAGUUUCCUUGUAGCGUUGAAGUUAUUGUGCAAAACAAACCUUAUUCCCUUUUUGGACUUGUUAGCUUAUCGCUUAUCUGAGGCUUAUUUUUACUUGUAGCAGGUUUGUGAAGUGAAGAUUCUUUCGGAAAUACAUCCAUUGUAAAACUGGAUGGAUCUGGUCUAGAAUUCGUACCGAGGAGGAAAAACUGGAGGGAUUUUAUUUCAUUUAUGGCAGUUGUGGUAAAUAUGUAUUUUUUAUUACAUGUUGUACACGCAUUCUAGCAAUACAAUUGAUAACAUAGCGCUGCAGUGAUGCAAUAAUUUCUCAGCAUCAAUAAACAAUUCUGACGAACAUGUGUAUUGGUGCAUGUUGUGGUAUUUGUAAUAGCAAUGAGAGUUCAAUGAUAUGUAUGACAGAGAAUUGCAAAAACUAUAUUUACUCAGAUUACGUUCUACAUCCGUCUGAGGAAAUAGUCAAUAUGGGGCAACGCGAUAGCAAUCGCUCAAUAUUAUGGGUAUUUUUUACAAUAAUUCCAACGAUGUUGAUGGCAGAUGCUAACCAAUCCACAGCUGCAACUUCAGCCUUCUGUGUAAAUCCUGCCGGUGACCCUGGAAAGUGUAUUUACUUCCUCGAUUGCAAACCACUGCCCCGUGCAUUGAGUACGGAUCUAAAUUUCCUUAAAAAUAGCCAAUGCAAUCAAAAAGAAGCACCAGGCUUUAUAUGUUGUCCAGAUAAACGGCACGUGUUACCCGAACCUCCGCACUGUGGUGUGCGGGCUGCAACGCAACUUACAGGCGCUCAACUAACCCAGCCUGAUGAUUAUCCUUGGACGGCGCUGAUUGAGUACGAGAAACCGGACGGCACUACCGGAUUUCACUGUGGUGGAACGCUUAUCAAUCAAGGGCACAUUUUGACGGCUGCCCAUUGCGUUAGCUCGCUUCGCGCUGGCUGGAAAGUUCACCGUGUAUUACUUGGAGAGUGGGAUCUAUCCUCCGUACUGGAUUGUGCAUAUAAUGUCUGCAACAAUCCUCCGAUCGAAGCGAAAGUCUCGAAGAUCAUCGUUCAUGACGGAUAUGAUGCGCAGAACGGAAGCUUCAACCAUGAUAUUGCGCUUAUUCGCUUCGAGGAGUUAGCGAACUUUCCUGAUACAAUUGUACCAAUCUGUUUGCCGAUAGCGGAUUCAAUUCCAUGGGAAAACAUUACGGAUGGAUUCAGCACGGUGGUUGGAUGGGGAAAAUCCCAGUCUACCGCUGGUGUGACAAAGAAACUUAAACUCAAUCUAAAGGUGAGGAACUUUCGAGAGUGCUCUUCGCUGUUGGAAUGGCCAGAGAAAAUGCAGCCAUCUCAACUGUGUGCGUUAUGGGAGCGAUCGAAUAGGAAAAUCUGCAGUGCUGAUGCUGGAGGUGGUUUAGCAUGGUUUUACCGUCGCUUUCAUUAUCUUAUAGGCGUUGCUGGAAGUGAUGAGCAAAAGUGCGGAUCGGGCGAUGUACCUGGUGUAUUUGUUAACGUGUCGUACUAUAUGAAUUGGAUAAGAGAUAACAUUAAAUAAAUUAUCACAUCUACACUAUAAACAAAAA